AAUGCCACCACUUAAUGUCUCAACACCUCAACAAAGCAGGCAAAAUGGAAAAAUGACAGAAGAAGAUGAAAUGUUUUUAACUAUGGAAGUUAAUGAUUUAAAGGAAUUGGAGGAAAAAGCUAAAGCAGCCAAAUUCAAAACACAAGUUGUAUGGAGGAAUGUUGGUCUCUAUGUUUUGCUACAAACUGGGGCAACUAUUGGUCUAUAUCAGCUGUUUUUUACUGCCAAAUGGUUGUCUGUUGCAUGGGUUAUUAUUCUUUGGAUGGUUAGCGGUGUUGGAAUUACUGCAGGUCCUCACCGUUUAUGGUCACACAAAAGUUACAAGGCCAAAACUCCUCUAAAAAUAAUUCUUAUGUUUAUGAAUUGUGUUGCCUUCCAAAACGAUGUGAUUGAAUGGUCGCGUGACCAUAGAUGCCACCACAAGUGGACUGACACUGAUGCUGAUCCUCAUAACAUCAAUAGAGGAUUUUUCUUUGCCCAUAUGGGAUGGCUACUGUGCAAAAAACACCCUCUAGUAAGAGAAAAAGGAGCAACUUUAGACAUUCAUAACAUCAAUAGAGGAUUUUUCUUUGCCCAUAUGGGUUGGCUACUUUGCAAAAAACAUCCUCUAGUAAGGGAGAAAGGAGCAACUUUAGACAUGUCUGAUUUGACUUCGGAGCCUGUUCUGGCUUUUCAGAGAAAAUAUUACCUUCCCCUCGUAUUCAUUUUCUGUUUUCUUCUCCCUACAGCAACAGCUGUCUUUUUAUGGGGUGAAUCCGUUUGGAUUGCCUUUUGCACAGCAGCAUUGUUUCGUUAUUGCUUGAAUUUGCAUGCAACUUGGUUUAUUAACUCGGCGGCACAUACUUUUGGCUACAAGCCUUAUGAUGUCGCUAUCAAAGCUACCGAGUCAAUGUUGACCACUUUGACUGCUUGGGGCGAGGGAGGUCACAAUUAUCAUCACACAUUCCCCCAAGACUACCGUACCUCUGAGAUGCUCGGUGUCUUCAACUUUAGUCGACUUUUUAUCGACUUUUUUGCUAAAAUCGGAUGGGCCUACGAUCUUAAAACUGUGGAUGAAAAGACAAUUCAACGACAAAUGGGCCGACAACUUGAAAGGCUGAAAGAGGAGGAGAAGAAAAAUAGUAGAGCAGCCUAA